AUGGCAGUUGUAUACACACUGCUGGUGUUAUUCUUAGCAGUUUUUGUUGCUGGAUUCAUAUUAUUGGUCAUAGGGGCAAUUAAUUUUGAUAUCUCCAACUCAGAAAUUCCUCCUGGAGUGAACCAGCCUGUAAAGCUCCGAAUCAUUCAUGUAAUUUUAAUAAGCAGAGCCGUGGUGGGAAAGAUUUUGGAGAAUAUUGGCAUCUGCAGUCAGGUUACAUUUGUCCGGUACACACAAGAAAGAAAGACUCUGGGAAUGGACUCAAAGCUCUUCAUCAAGGACCUGUGGUUUGAGAAAGUGCCUGUAAGGAUUUAUCAGCCUAAGGAUCCAUCUGCCAGCCAAAGGAGAGGAGUUGUGUUUUUCCAUGGAGGAGGAUGGGUAUUUGGAAGUCUUGAGACUCAUGAAAAGCUAUGCCGCUGUAUUGCCAGAGAAAGCGAGUCAGUGGUUGUAUCUGUUGGGUAUCGUUUAGCCCCUGAACACAAAUACCCUGCUGCAUAUGAAGACUGUCUUAGUGCCACCAUACACUUCAUGAAGAAUAUCGAGCACUAUGACGUGGAUCCUGGCAAUGUCAUUGUCUGCGGGGACAGUGCUGGGGGCAAUCUAGCAGCUGCUGUUAGCCAGACCCUUGCAGGCAGAUCAGACCUCCCCAAACUACGUGCUCAGAUCUUGAUCUACCCAGGCCUUCAGGCACUGGACUUCAAUUUACCAUCCUAUCAGCAGAAUCGGGGAGUCCCUCUCUUAUUCCGAGAACGCGCCGCUUUCUAUGUGUUACAGUACCUAAAUGGGAAUGCAUCAAAUCUGGAUGAGGUCUUGGAGGGUUCCCAUAUUCCUAUAGAUAUUAAAUUAAAUUACAGGAAGUGGGUGAGUCCAGAUAACAUCCCCGAAAAGUUUAAGGUCAGAGGCUACAAACCACAUGUGCUACUUGACUGCACAACCGAAAUUUAUGAGACAGUGAAAAGAUUCUGUGAGCCCAACCUGUGCCCGCUGUUGGCCGAAGAUGCUAUUAUUCACCAGCUGCCCGAGUCUUUCAUCUUGACUUGCGAGUAUGAUGUGCUGAGGGAUGACGGCUUGCUUUACAAGAAGAGACUGGAGGACAACGGUGUUCAAGUGACCUGGUACCACCUCGAGGAUGGAUUCCACGGAAUCAUAAAUACAUUUAAUAGUGAUUGGUUUUCAUUUCCAGCUGGGAAAAGGGGUCUUGACAAUAUUGUGAACUUUCUAAAAAGCUUAUAG